CAACCUGAGCUAGCCUUACCCGGAAAUUACCUAUAGCUAUUUAGCCAAAGCUAGUAUAGUGGUGAGCUCAUGUUUUUACAGUGCACAUGACACCAGAGGGCGUCGUGAAGAAGGGAGGCUUCAUUUUGAUAAAAGCUCUGUUGGAGGAUGCACGCAAGGACAAGUGUGAGAGCUCAGUGUGAGAGGUGAUCUUCCUCCAAGUCAGCUGGCUUGGAAAACACUGAGUGGGUGAGGUGUGUGUGAGGGUGGAUGUUUGUAUGGAUGCUGCUUGACUGCAUGCAGAUUUAGGACCCUGGCCUGAUGGAAAAGAGAGACAGGAAGCCGGGAUAUUUUGCCAGGCUGAAGAGGCGGCGACAGCUCAAGCAGAGCCAAUCAGAGAAGAAUGUGACUGAGCAGAGUCCGGCGAUCAUUUCCUGUCCAGACAUCCCAAAUGACAGCGACCCCAACAAGAAGACUGACCUACAGAGAAUAACAGCAAAGCCACCUGCAGGCUCGGACGAUGGCUGUAAAAGUAACAAUCAGGCAAAGAGGGAGAAGAAGAGGCCACCAGGAACAGUGGACUUCGUUGUGGGACCUGACGAUUCCCUCAACAGCAUCGCACUCACGUUCAACGUCACCCCAAACAAACUGGUCCAGCUGAACAAGCUUUUCUCUCGCAGCAUCUACCCCGGCCAGAAGCUGUUCGUCCCCGAUGUGAGCCAGUCAGAAACUGACCUCAAGUCUCCGAGUUCCUCUGAUCCCUCCUUCACAAAUGGCUCAUCAGAGAAAGCAUCACAUCUUUGUCUAAAAUUGUCCGUCUACACUGGCUCCCUAACGGACGGCAUUGCUAACAUGUCGGCAAAGUCUCUCCGGCGUGAGCUCUCCCCAAACUCGGAGGACGAUAGCCCGGCAACGGUUAAAUUCAUCAAGAUGAGCUGCAAAUAUUUCACUGAUGGCAUGGGGGUGGUGGGAGGCGUGCUGAUCGUGACACCCAACAACAUCAUGUUUGACCCCCACAAGUCCGACCCGCUGGUGAUCGAGCACGGCUGCGAGGAGUACGGCCUGAUCUGCCCCAUGGAGGAGGUCGUCUCCGUGGCGCUCUAUGACGACGUGUCACGCAUGAAGCUCAAAGACGCUCUGCCAUCAGACCUACCCCAGGAUUUGUGUCCUGUGUACAGGCCCGGCGAGUGGGAGCAACUGCCGUCAGAGCGAGAUCUAAACCCCUUCAGCCGCUAUGAAGCCCUCGAUCCGAAGCGACCGAUCGUCUUGGACGACAUCGAAUCAACCCUCUCAGAAACGGCGAGCACAGAGGGCGAGCAGACAGAGAAGUCUCCGUCAGACGAAGGCUUCACAGAGUUGGAGCCAACAGUUAACGGGAGCACUGAGGAGGCAGAGGGAACGUCCUCCAAAACACCCAACGUUGUCAGCAGGGACCAACAGGAACUAGGACCAAGCUGCCCAGGCCGGGGAGACAUUCAGGACAAGUCGAUUCUUGGUAAAACUAAAGGGAAGCAGGAUGAUGAAGAGGAUGAGGGCGUAGCUCAGAACAGCUCCAUUGAGGAUGUAGAGUCAAUAAAAUCCUCUUCAGAGACUGAUAAACAGGGUGAUAAACCUACAAACCCAGAGGAAACCAAAGAUAUAAAAACUAAAGGGACCGAAGAGCUGCUAAAUGAUGCACAUGAUGAAAUAAUCGGCGCACCAGUGGACCAAAGCAGGGAACUGAGUCUGAAGGAGGCUUCAGAGGUUCGUGGGGAGUCGAGUCAGAAGAGACAAAGCCCAGACGGACCAGCAGGAGGAGCUGAACUCAGUGAGGAGGAGAGACGGAAGAAAAGCUACGAGGCUGAAGUGAAGUCAUGGCUGCUGGAGAGGAUGCAGGCUCCAAUAGAAGACAUGCUUUUCUCAUCCGAGGAGAAGAGUAAAAUCCCACCUAUGUUCCUGUGCUUCAAAGUGGGAAAGCCAAUGAGGAAGUCCUUUGCCACUGGGAUGACCUCUAGUCCCGCCCACUCAUGUGGGGCCCGGGGUAAACAGCCAGAGUACUGGUUUGCUGUGCCACAAGAAAGGGUGGACCAUCUGUAUGCAUUUUUCGUCCAGUGGUCUCCAGAUGUGUACGGGAAGGAGGCUCGAGAGCAGGGCUUUGUUCUGGUGGAGAAAGACGAGCUGGACAUGAUAGACAACUUCUUCAGUGACCCCACGUCUUGCAGCUGGGAGAUCAUCACCAUCGACGAGGCGAAGCGCAGGCAGAGUUUCGGCAGCUGUGACGGUGAAUUGUCGUUGGAUGCGCUGCCCGCACUCAGUGAUACCAGUGAUCUGCUUCAGGACACGCACAUUGAGAAGCUUGCCUGUCGCUUGCCAGCCCGUGUGCAGAUUUACCCCUGGAGACUGGCCUACAGCACUGUGAAACACGGGACCAGCCUGAAGACUCUGUACAGGAGCCUGGCAGACGUGGACAGUCCUGUGCUGUUGGUCAUCAAAGACAUGGAUAACCAGAUAUUCGGGGCUUUCUCGACUCAUCCCUUCAGAGUGAGCGAACACUGCUACGGCACAGGAGAGACAUUCCUCUACAGCUUCUGUCCUGAGGUCAAGGUGUACCGCUGGACGGGGGAGAAUUCUUACUUUGUGAAGGGCAAUACUGAUUCUCUGCAGAUGGGAGGAGGAGGCGGUCACCUGGGUCUGUGGUUGGACGCCGAGCUGUUCCGAGGCACCACCACCAAAUGCGCCACCUUCAACAACCAGCCACUCUCCGUCCAGCAGGACUUCAACAUCCACAGCGUGGAGGUCUGGACCUUCGAGUAGCCUCGCCUGCUCCCAGCUGCUCCUACAUUCACUCUCCGCUCCAACACCCCCCAAGUCUAUUACGCACCGCUUGGAGGCGAACCUAGCUACCCCACAAUGACACUAAAUGUUCUGUGAGAGAGAAGCCUGUGCCGUUGUUACGUUGACUGGCAAACAGAGCGGUCUUCUGUAGCCUGUUUUGAGGUGACCUGCAGGUAAGUAGGGCCAGUUCACGUCUGGUUCCUCCUUCCUUCAUAUAGGUGGAAGUGUGAGAAAAUGUCGUUGCUCUCAGUUCAUUGGCUGCCUUAGACAUGUGUCAACGCCUCCAGCUUUCCCAGCAUGCAGCCUGCCUGACCACCAUGAGCUCAUGAGGAGAGGGAGGACAGGAAGGCUGCUGAUGUUACUGUUAAAGUUAUCCCGAAAAGAUUUUAUGUGUGUGAAAAGAACAAGGUAUCCCAUAAUGCUGUAAGUUAAUGUGUGCAGAAAUAAUGAUGAAUUAGCAUCUUUGGGAAUGUACAGGAUUUUUUGUCAAUUUAAAGGAAGUGGAAAUUACCAGGGAGAUUUUUUUUUCUUUAAUCCUCCCACCAUUAAAUGAAUUUUCAGAGCGGGAAAACGUUGUAAAUGUUUACAAUGGAAGUGUUACACUUCCUCCGAAGGCUGUCUUGUUCUUGAGUUUUUAGAUGAACUGAAUGUUCCAUUGCAUUUCCUCACAACUACGUAUAAUGUUUUAAUUCCUCCGUACAAUCCAAAACAAGCGGUAAAAGCCAGGUUUUGCAAUGACCAAAUAUGUUUUAUUUUAAUUUCACAUUUUGUUGUGAGCUCAUCAUAUUUUAUAAAAUAUUUUAGAUUUUUUUAUUUUUACAUUUUAUUUUUAUUACAUUUUGUUUUUAUAAAGAAUGCUCCGUUGUGUGUUUUUUUUUUUUUUUUUUUUUAAAUGGUUGUACUUUUUAUAGAAAUGUUGUGUUAAAUUCUGAUUGGACCCAACAAGCACUAGAAGUGACUGUUUGUCAGUAUUGAAUUCAUAUCUCACGUUGACUGAUUUUAUCUCCUUUAUUUUCAUUUGUGGUCGUCGUCGUCGUUCAGAGAGCCGGUAGACGUUUAACAUGAUGUCACUUUGCACUACAGGAUUAAUCGAUGCUGUGUUGUGGCCCCGUGUAAUUAAGCACUGCUUCAAUGUAAAAAUGUUACUGAAUGCUAUUUGAUCACCACUACAGGAGGGACGCCUCCUGUCCAAACCACAGGGUCAGCCUGUGCUUUACUUAAAAAUAGGUGGAAAAGGGACAGUUUGUUUUUUUGCACUCUGGUAUGCCACUAACUAAAAAUUCAGAUCUACUAACACGGAAAAGAAACGUUCAUUUAUACCCUGUGUAUCCGAAACACAGGCUUGUAGUGCAUGAAUAUGCGAUACUGCAAAUGUCUGACACCACUGUUAUGAUACCUGCCAUGCUAUCCACUACCGCCAGUGAUCGCUUCAUGUGAAAAUGAGCUUUGUUGUCUUGUGUCGUGACUGUGAAUGCUCCCUGAGUAUUAUUUCUCGUGAAUCCAAAACUGCUGUGAUAUCACUAAGGAUCUAUUUAUUGUGUUGUUAUAUUAAACACAUUUAAACCUAAAUAAAUGUUAAAUAUAUACAUAUAUACGCUAA